AUGCCUUCUGCGAAGCGUCUUCUCGGGCUCCUGCUCGCCGCCACCGCGGCGGUCGGUGUAGCUGCCCAGGAACCUGCCCUCACCGAGGAUGAUUUCAGCAUCCCCGAGAUCGAGGGAGGUGAUGCCCUCGCACAGCUUGCCCAGCUCGCGGCGGAUUCUUCUCAGGAGACUGCCCUCAGGAUGGCGAAGCGCGGUCUGAACAGCGGCUGCAGCCCUAGCCAGAUCAAGGUUAGAAGGGAAUGGCGAACCCUGACUUCUGCUCAGCGCAAGCAGUACAUUGCGUCGGUCAAGUGUCUUCAGACGAAGCCCAGCUUCUUCGACCCCAACAUCAUCCCGGCCGCUAAGUCGCUAUUUGACGACUUUGUUGGUGUCCAUGUUUUCCAGACUGGGUCCAUCCAUCUCACUGCCACUUUCCUCACAUGGCAUCGCUACUUCGUCUAUACCUACGAGACGAAGCUCCGCGAGGAAUGCGGUUACACUGGACCCUUGCCCUACUGGGAGUGGGGACUAGACGUCAACAACCCCAACGCCUCCCCGGUCUUCGACGGCUCCGACACGUCUCUGAGCGGCAACGGUGCCUUCUUUGCGCAUGAGGGCAUCCAGAUGGUGCAGCCUAUCAACGGCAACAUCCUCAAGCUCCCCGGCAACGGUGGUGGCUGCGUGACCAAGGGUCCCUUCAAGGACAUGAAGGUUCACUUUGGCACCAUCAUCCUGCCCGUGUACGGCCAGCCUAUCCUCAGUGGUGUCGAGAACCCCAUUGCCGACAACGAGCGCUGCCUCAAGCGCGAUCUCAAUGCCGGCAUCGCUAAGCGCUUCACUAGCUUCCUCAACUCGACCAGCGUGAUUCUCAAGAACAACAACAUCGAGAUGUUCCAGGCCCAUCUGCAGGGCGACGACCGCUACGUGCUCAACCAGCUCGGUGUUCACGGUGGUGGUCACUACACCAUCGGCGGUGACCCCGGUGGUGAUCCCUUCAUCUCCCCUGGUGACCCGGCUUUCUACCUCCACCACGCCCAGAUUGACCGCAUCUACUGGAUCUGGCAGAUGCUCGACUUCAAGAACCGUCAGGGUGUCCACGGUACCGCCACCCUCCAGAACAACCCUCCCAGCGCCAACGUUACCGUUGAGGACACCAUCGACCUCUCUCCCCUCGCCCCGCCUGUCAAGAUCAAGGACCUCAUGAACACUGUCGGAGGCUCGCCCUUGUGCUACAUCUACCUCUAA